AUGAAGUCCACCUCGAUCCUCCCCCUGCUUUCAACGUUGACACCCCUCGCCUCAGCAGCUACCGUCUGGAGCGGCCUGUUCAACGAGAGUUAUACCGUCGCCGACUUUGACAAAUGGUCCUGGUCCUCACAAAUCCCCCCGUACCAAUGGUACAUCCACGGUUCCGAGGAAACAGCGCACUACCUUUCCCUCUCCUCCGAGUACAAGAACCCCAACUCGACGCUUGAUGAGGCACAGGGUCUCAAGACAACACUCGAUAACACGGCGUCAUGGAACGGACAAACCAUGAUGCGCACGGAACUCAUCCCUCAAGUCGAGAGCGGUGUUGAUAUUGGAUCUGGCAAGAAAUACUACCACUUUAGUUUGAGUGUAGAUGAGGAUGGGCUUCCGAAUGUGGAACUGGAGCACCAGAUUGCGUUUUUCGAGAGCCAUUUCACCGAACUCAAGUACGGCGGAUCGUCAGACACCGCUUCGAGUUUGACCUUCUAUGCCAACAGCGCGGCACAGUGGUCGACCGCGCUGGAAGCGGGCGUCUGGUACAAUUUUGCGUACGGGAUUGAUUUCGACGGCGGUAGCGUGGAGCUCUAUACCUCGACUGGCGCAGAUGAUCUAGAACUUGCUGUUCAAGCCGUCAGUGCGUCCGCGUCAAGCAAUUCGCAAGACUGGCAUGUUGGUGUGCUGAGGCUUGACAAUGGGGUCGACGGUGGAGAGGAGAGCUGGUAUUGGAGUGGAGUUUAUGUCGAGGACGGGGAGGUUACGUUGGCUGUUUAA